AUUUAAUGUAAUUGUGAUACGUACUGACAGCAAAUCGGAAAGCUGUGGCACUUCCUCUCCCUCUCGUUGUUCGAGAGAACUGCCUCAUAUACCCCCCACUUUUCUAUCUUUCCCUUCUUCGGGGGACUGCAAGUGGUAGUCAGGCUUGGUGGUGGUGUGACAGAAACUUCAACAGUGACGAUAGUCUAAUCUACUGCUACCACCAUGCCUGAAUGCAAUCAUUGUGAUCGUUCUUUCGUCGACAAGCAGGCUGUGCUUAUGCACACUGAGUCAAAGCACGGGUUUGAAUGCACUCAUUGCAACCGAAAAUUCAAGACUCCAGACGGGAGAGACGAGCAUGAGAGAACGAAGCAUGCCUUCCGUUGCGAUGCUUGCAACCAAUAUUUUGGCUCCCAGAAAGCCCUGGAUUCACAUGAUAAGGCUAAACAUCCUCCUGCAUACGAAUGCAGGUACUGCGAUAGAGAAUUUCGCUCACAGGGAGCCCUGGGUUCACAUGAGAGAACGAAGCAUAACUUCCAUUGCGAUGCUUGCAACCGAGAAUUUAGCUCACAGGGAGCCCUGGAUUCACAUGAUGAGGCUAAACAUCCUCCUGCAUACGAAUGCAGGCACUGCGAUGAAGAAUUUGCGUCCGAUGGAGCUCGUAUCCAGCACCAGAACAAGAAGCAUCCGCCCCGCCCGCGCGCUGUUCGUUCAUCUUCGGCGGUGCUAUCGCCAAAGCCAACAUACUCCCCAGCUGCGCCGCCUACCCGCGUGGAGAAGCCUAGUGUAAAUGUAUUUGGUACGUUAUCCACGCCAAAGUCCAUCCCAGAACGUUCUGGUGGUGAGGAUGUCAAGCCACCAAAGGUAGAGGUCGCUGAACCCGUAGUGGUGGCUAAUUUCGCAUGUGGAACUUGUGGAGAAUUCACCGCGACGAUAUUAGCUUUGGAGGCCCACGAGUCGCAGCAUAGACUCGAUUCGUGCGCUUGCACGAUAUGCGAGAGAGCUGAGAGGCCUUGCAAUUGCAAUAUUUGCAAGCGCACUUGCACCUCGGUGAAUGAGACGCUCCUUGAUCGUGUUGUGAUUGGCGAGCCCGAAGAAACUACGUCGUCCGUGGAUUCACCUGGGGAUGUCGAACUCAAGGCAGUCGAGGACUCCGUGGUUGGGUCUUGUGAUUUCGUCAUGAGCCUGGAAUCUCAAGAAGCCAUCGAUCCAUCAGUUGAUCGCAGCGGUGCGGCGCACGGCGUGUACUCGCAUCAUGACCAACCCUUGACAGAUUUGGAACACGAGGUGGACGGAGAGCAGGCUCAUGACUUGAUUCCGCCCUUAUCCCCACGUCAGCACCAGAGUCUUGAUGACCCGACAUGUCUUUCUGACGUUGAUAUGAACUUGACGGAGGAAUCUAACACUACCGACCUCCAAUUGGGUUUUGCACCCGUGGAAUACGACGCCAUUUCUUGUGAAUUGGAUAUACUGGACAUUCUGCACUCGAUGUUCACGCCAUCGUACAGGACCCAACAGUCUAUGAACGCGUGCAUGCAAGCCAACGUGAAGUUUCCCUCGAAUUGAUUUAUCCCCAUUGUGAAGACCACAACAUGUCCCUUGCAGAGGCAUCCAACGACCAACCGACAGUACUCGACAUAGACAUGAGUCACGAGCAUGUCGAUAACCGUCCAGAGUGUGACCUCUCCACUCCUGAAUUGGAACCUGAUAUCACGCCCUCAUCACACUCUGCAAAUGGCACACCUGUACCCGUGCAAGUCCGCACUCUUC